CAUACACAACUGAAACGACUGUUUUCUGUAUUUUACGCGUCUUGUGUUGUUUGAUCUAUCUACUGUCCCAAAUAAUCUAAAAGCGAAUAAUUCAGAAAUUCUGAAAGAGCUGUUUUCUAUUUGGGUCAUUCAAACAAUGGCGACUUGUGUUGUCUUUGAAACUUGUACAACAACAGUUAAGCAUCGUGACUAGCUGGCAGAGGUUUUUCCGCGUCCCAGCGUCGUUGCCAUUCCUGAGACUGGGCAGACUGCUUUCUUGAACGCAUGUGUCAGUGUUGAGGGAGUGAUAAGCAAACAGGAACUGGUUGUACAGUGACAUACGGUCUACGGUCUGGAUAAACUUAACAAGACUGACGGUGAUCACAGGUUGAAUCUGUUGUGUUUUUUCUGUCACAGGACUCCGCAUGGAGCCAAAUAAUCUACAGAAAGCUAUUGCCGUAGCACAGAAGGCUUCAGAGGAGGACCAGGCUGGAAACUAUGAGGAGGCCAUCCGUUCCUACCAACAUGCUGUCAAGUACUUUCUGCACAUUUUAAAACGCGAACCCCAGGGUAAAGAUGGCAACCAGAAGAUCAGAGAUAAAUGUAAACAGUACCUGGACCGAGUGGAAGAACUACAAGAGUACCAAGUGAAUAAAGAGAAAGCCAUUGAUCUUGCCAGUAAGGCGGCUCAGGAGGAUAAAGCUCAGAACUACGAGGAGGCUCUGCGUCUCUACCAGGCGGCUGUUCAGUACUUCCUUCAUGUGGUAAAAUAUGAAGCCCAAGGUGAUAAAGCUAAACAGAGUAUCCGGGCAAAAUGUGCUGAAUACUUGGACAGGGCAGAGAAGCUGAAGGAGUAUCUAAAGAAGAAAGAGAAAGCUCCUCCUGCCAAGCCUGUCAAAGAGUCACAGUCUGAUGACAAAGGGAAUGAAAGUGAUGAAGGUGAUGACCCAGAGAAAAAGAAGUUCCAAAAUCAACUCUCAGGUGCAAUUGUUAUGGAGAAACCAAACAUCAAAUGGAAUGAUGUUGCUGGUUUAGAAGGAGCCAAGGAGGCACUCAAAGAAGCUGUUAUUCUUCCAAUCAAAUUCCCCCACCUUUUCACAGGAAAGAGAACUCCAUGGAGGGGGAUCUUGCUCUUUGGACCUCCAGGUACCGGAAAGUCCUAUCUGGCUAAAGCUGUUGCCACAGAGGCAAACAACUCAACAUUCUUCUCCAUCUCCUCAUCUGACCUCGUCUCCAAGUGGCUAGGAGAGAGUGAAAAGUUGGUGAAGAAUCUUUUCAGCCUUGCAAGGGAGAACAAGCCUUCGAUCAUCUUCAUUGAUGAAAUCGACUCCUUGUGUGGCUCAAGAAGCGAGAACGAGAGCGAGGCUGCUCGUCGGAUUAAGACAGAAUUUCUGGUUCAGAUGCAGGGUGUGGGGAAUGACAACGAGGGAGUGCUGGUACUUGGGGCAACAAACAUCCCAUGGACACUAGACUCAGCCAUCAGAAGAAGAUUUGAGAAGAGGAUCUACAUCCCGUUGCCUGAAGAGCACGCCCGUUCCUUCAUGUUCAAGCUCCACCUGGGAUCAACCCCUAACAGUCUCACUGAAUCUGACUUUGCCACUCUGGGCAAGAAGACAGAUGGAUACUCGGGAGCAGAUAUAAGCAUCAUUGUCAGAGAUGCUCUUAUGCAGCCGGUUCGAAAGGUCCAGUCAGCAACCCACUUCAAACGGGUACGGGGUCCAUCCAGAACUGACCCCAACGCUGUUGUAGAUGACCUCUUAACUCCUUGCUCACCUGGUGAUCCCAGUGCGAUUGAAAUGACAUGGAUGGAGGUUCCUGGGGAGAAGCUAUUGGAACCUGUAGUAUGCAUGUCGGACAUGCUGAGAUCUCUGUCCAACACAAAGCCAACAGUUAAUGAGCAAGAUCUGGACAAACUGAAAAAAUUCACAGACGACUUUGGACAGGAAGGCUAGGUGGGAUGAAUGCGCCAAGUCAAACCAAAGCAAAUGAAUUGUGAUUGUCUCUCUUUACUAUCCUUGUCCCUUUUUUGUCUCUCUGUCUCAUCCUGACCAUUCACCAGACCUGCCGGUUUAUCAUAAGUGGGCAAGAAUUCUGCUCUGCCAGUCUGAUAACCACACAAAGGGUGGGAGACCUAGUUUUAUUUUAUUGUCUCUAUUGUCCAAAGAAGAUUAAAGACUUCCCAUCUACAGCUGACCAUUUAAAAAAAUGAGUAUCACAUAGGGAAAAUUAGAUGGUUAUUUGAUGUAUGCACUAAAGACUAAACAAAAUGAGGAACAGAAUACCCAAGCAACUUAGGGUAACUAACAGAGGACCUACACAACAGUUACUGCAAAUGAGGUCUCUGAAAUCAAGAUUAUUUAUUUUAAGUUAGGACUUACUUCCUAGUCAUAAUAUCUCACUAAACUAAUAAAUACCCCUUAUAUAUUCUCUAUUUUGUAUUAAGAAAAAAACAAGCAUUUUAUAAUGUGUACUGUACUUUGUGGACUAUAUAAAUCCUGGGCUGGGGAAGUGAAGCGGGGGGGGCAUGAGCUCACAGAAUUUGUUGUGGUGAAAUAUGUAAUUCUCGUCUCAAGGUGGUGGACAUUAUAGAGUUUGAGACAGAGAUACUCAGGAUGAGAGUUGCAUUAGGUCCUGUGGCAAAUUUGGAUUGUUUAUCAGGUUUCCAAACAAAGGACAAUUGUAUUUGCUAACUUACUUGUCAUUUGAGUUCAACACAGCAAUUAGGGUGGAUCACCAGUGGUGCCGUACCAGCAUUAUUUUACCAUUUUACUUUUGAAGGACUCACUUGCUUUGAAUUGCUUUGUUAUUCAGCUCAUGUUUUUUUUUUUUUUUUUUUUUUUUACACAACCUAGUUCACUUUUUUUUUCAUUGCUGUCAACAGACUUUGCUGGCUAUCCUUAACACAAACUGCAAAAAACUAAGCCUUAUAUUAAGAUAAAGAAGUCACAUUGCAAAUUUCGAUAAAACAAGACUGAGGUAUUGAAGUUGGACGCUGGUGGUUCAGGUGGAGAGAUCAUCUUCUUGUACUCUUUACAACCUAGGAAUGCAUCUGCAAGCAUGCAAUAUAUGUAGCCAUAAGUGGCAGUGUGCACCAUGUGCCUUCCAGAAAAUUUGCAGAAUUCUUUUUUCGUUUACUUCUAAAUUGAUCUUACUGCUCAUAUAUUGAGUGCUUUGUCACUACAACUAAGAAAUGUAUAAUACUUGCACAUUUCAUGUAAACUCUUUUGGAGACUGUAUACAGCUGUACUCUUUUACCCCCCUGGUGUGUCUCUUUUGAGUUUUGAUGGGAAACAUCUCUUAUUUUACUGUAAAUGUCAAUGUCUAUAUAGCCAACUCUUGAGCCUUUUCUUUGUGAAGAGGUCACAAACGCGUAAGAUUUUCCGUUUUUCGUUUCCAUAAUGUAAAUAAAGGUUAUAGCCAUGUCAAGGAAA